AUGGCUCCCGCAGCAUCGACCGGUGGCAAGAAGCAGAAGAAGAAGUGGUCCAAGGGCAAGGUCAAGGACAAGGCCCAGCACUCCGUCGUCCUUGAGAAGGCUACCUCCGAGAAGCUCAACAAGGAUGUUCAGUCUUACCGCCUGAUCACCGUUGCCACCCUCGUCGACCGUCACAAGAUCAACGGCAGCCUUGCCCGUCGUGUUCUUGUUGACCUCGAGGAGCGCGGCCAGAUCAAGAAGAUUGUCGGCCACUCCAAGAUGAACAUCUACACCCGCGCCGUCGCCGCCGAGUAA